AUGGAGAUAUUCCAGCAGCCGCAUAAUGAGGAUUUGAGUGCCUUCGUGGUCUUGGUCUACCUUCUUGGGUAUGCUUUUGGACCGAUGAUCCUCGCCCCUCUGUCUGAAUUGUAUGGACGCACCAUCAUCUACCAUGUUUGCAAUGUACUCUACUUCCUCAUGACCAUCGCGUGUGCCCUUGCCCCUAGCCUCCCGGCAUUCAUGUUGUGUCGUCUGCUGGCCGGCAAGGCUGGCAGUGCGCCAUUAUCCAUCGGAGCAAGAUCCCUUGCGGAUAUUAUUCCCCUAAAGAACCGCGGGUUGGCGAUGGGGGUGUGGGUGCUCGGUUCUGUCUUUGGACCGGUGAUAGCGCCCGUAAGUGCGUAUCUCCCCAAAAUCGGUCCCCUGACGCUUGGAGCACACUGA